AGCACUUUAACAAUUAAAUUCAGUACAAAGAACUCGCGCGGUUGUUCAUACAUUUAGCAGCAAAUUUCAAUUAUUCCCCAACAAAACAACAAAUGUUGCGAGGCAUAUUAACAAACUGUACUAAAAGUACUUGUGUUGCAACUACAUACAAUAUCCUCAAACGUUUGCUUAGCACACAGCUGAUGAAUGAUGGUAAAUUGAUAAUCGUGAAAGAGGGUGAGGGACAGUCUGCCAGUACCACAGACGAUAGACGUGAAAUGAAAUUUCCCACAGUUUGGUUACGAGAUAAUUGCCAAUGCAGUGAAUGCUUUCACGACACGACCAAAAGUCGUAAAAUCAAUUGGGAACGUUGCAGCACUGAAACGGCCAUACGUGCCACACAAGUAACUGUUGACUGCAACGAAAAGGCAAUAAACGUAGAUUGGCAAGAUGCCCACAAAUCAAAAUACGAUUUAAAAUGGCUAAGGCAACGCGAUUUUAGUGCGGAACAGCGCAAGAAAUACAUUGAAGAAGUUUAUAAGCCAAAGGAAAUAAUGUGGGGCCAACAAGACUUCAAUGACAUUUUGAAAAUUUAUGAUUUUCAAAAGAUUAUUGCAAAUGACUUGGAUCUUUACAAUUGGCUGAAAUCUCUAGCUGUAUAUGGUGUUAGUAUCAUAAAAAAUGCUCCUCAUGAUACGACUGUAUGUAGGCAAUUAGCCGAUCGUAUUGGAUUUAUUAAAAGGACUACUUAUGGCGAAGAAUUUGAAGUGAAAUCCAAAGAAAAUGCUCGCAACUAUGCAUAUCUAAUGACACCUUUACCCCUGCAUAUAGACCUGCCAUAUUACGAAUAUAUUGCCGGUAUCAAUAUUCUACAUUGUUUGGUACAAUCUAAAUCCACGGGUGGAGCAAAUCUUCUAACAGAUGGUUUUUAUGUGGCCGAAAAAUUAAAACAAAAUUAUCCUCAGUACUAUGAGGUAUUGCUAAAGACUCCGGUGGACUGGUAUGAUAUAGGAAAGGAUAGCGGCAUGGAAUUUCAUAAUAUAUGGCGGGAGCCAGUAAUAAAUGUGGACUGUGAUGGUCGCUAUCAUCGCAUCAAUCACAAUACCACCAAACGCGAUAGUCACUUUACGGUGCCUUUGGAAAUUGUGGAUCUUUGGUACGAAGCCUAUGACAAAUUUUUACAAAUUGCUUACGAAUCAACGGUUGAAUUUAAAACAAAUCCUGGUGAGUUAUUUGUUUUCAACAACAGACGUAUGCUGCAUGGUCGUACGGCCUUUAUAGAUUCUUCGGAGAAUAAGCGUCAUUUGAUUGGGGCCUAUGUGGACUGGGAUAUUAUUUAUUCGAAGAUGAGAAUUUUGAAGGCGAAAAUGGAAAAUGUUUGAUUUGAUAGUGUACAAAAUAUGAAAAUUAAAAAAUGUAUUUAAAUAUAAAAUGUAUCUUGUAUUUGACAUCUAUUUAUAAAGCGCAGUCAUAAUAUUCUACAAUUUUUAUGUUGAAAUGCAUGAUAAAAAUUUAGUUUAUCUUGAAAUCGAAAA